AUGAGCUACGAAGUGCCUAUCAAGAAGUUGCCGACAAAACACAGUGACAAUGGCAAGAAAGAAACAAAAAAAGUAAAUGUAACUUGGUCUCGCUUGCUCAAGCGCAUUGGCAAUAAGCUGGAAAAGCUAGCAGAGUUAAAGGUGCGUUUUAGCAUACACACCAUGUAUCAAAAGCGUUGUUUGAUGCGUCAGUUUGCGACAAAGCAAGCAAAGCUUGUUUAA